AUGAUGCCAAACCUGGCUCGUUCAGACAACGAUGAUCGCACCAACUCGGUUCUAUCUACCUCUUCUCACACCCACGUCGACAACAACGAUGCUCUUGCAUCAUCGCCGCACUCGAAAAUGACAGCCUGGCCUGUAAAGCACGCGGAACCAGUCGCUGAAUCCAAAGCGCAUCCUCCAUCGACCGCUCCUGCAUCUCAGUCUGUCGCUGAUCCUCUACCAGUCCCUAGCACAGCGCAAGUGGGCCGACGGUCCAUCGGCCGUCAGCAGCGCGCGGAUCGGCCACCGCCGCCUAAAUGCAUGCUCAGCUGCAUCGAAAGCAUCGAGUCAUGCACGCAAAACGUGGUGCGCUUCAACGAACGCAUGGAACUUAACCGAGCGCAGGCAGAAGCACAACGCGCAGAGAAGCGGGAUUCUCCGAUUGCAAGCAAGGCCAUCAUCCCUCUGGCAUUUGUCAUCCUAUCCUGGGUCUUUCUCGCCUACGUGUGGCGCUUGUGCAGCCGUUUGAUACAGCAGAAUCCUCAAGGGGCGGUGCUUGGGAGUAGGUCAGAGGGAGUUGGGCUGCUGGUAGGAUUCGUCAUUCUUUGGCUCAUGACCAUGUGGUCAUACGUAGUCGUUAUCUCAAAAGGUCCUGGUCUCGUCAAGGACUAUGUAUCCGAAUCUGAUCCUCCUUCUGCUGCGGCUCAAGGACAAUGGUGGAGCCCAGCCUCAGCAGCACCACAACCUCAGCAGUAUCAAGAGGGUGCAGCUCAACCCAUGCCCAUUUCGGGACGCAUGCACCAAAGCUCUGACAUAGCGGCGAUGCAAGCCUCAUCGUCUGCGGAUGGACACGCUAUCGCAUCUGCAUCGUCCACAUUGUCGUUCCCCUAUCCAUCCUUCAAUGCGGAUUUGCAAAGGUUCGGCGGCGAUCGCGCUUCCUCCGACAGCAUGCGCGUGCUACCCGGAUCGGUGGAGCCAAAGCACACUGUCGAUUCUGCCGAUUUUACGCAUUCGUACGAUGAGUACAGACGCACAAUCGCCGAGGAAGAUGCAGUGGCAGCCGCCGACACUUUGGCGGCCGAUGUGGAAGCACAGCUGGACGCAGAAAUGCGAUCGACCAUGCCUAGCGCUGAAGCAUCGGAUGUAGCAACGGAUGCACAACUGCCGGAUGUGGUCGGUCCGCUUGCUGCUGCGGCGAUUGCCGGAGGUCAGGGUGUGCGACAAGGUGCAGAGAUGCUCAACGACUCGGCUUGCGGCGCGCCUCGUACUGACGACACGAACGCAGCUGCUUCCGGCUGGUCAGUACCUCGACGAACACUACCCAACGAUCCACCACCGCUGUCGGCGUCGUCGCAAUACUGCCAUCGUUGUCGACGCGUGAAACCGCCGCGUGCACACCACUGCCGACGCUGCGGAACAUGCGUAUUGAAGAUGGACCACCACUGUCCAUGGGUGGGCGGAUGUGUUGGGGCGCACAACCAGCGCUUUUUCUUUAUAUUUGUCUUGUGGGUCACACUGCUCGAGUUGUACACGCUCGUUACCACAGCGGUCUGUUUCCAUCGCGGUGUGCAAUCUCUCCAGGUAGGAUCGGCGUGGAGGCUGGAUGGGUUCUUGAUAUCCUUGCUGCCGAUCUGCGCCGUGUUCUUGAUGUUUACGGGUGCGCUGUUGGGAACACAUGUGUGGUUGAUGGGACGUAAUAUGACGACGAUAGAGCAUGUGGCGGUGAGUCGGAUGCAGGCGAGGGAGCGGGUGUUGGUGGAUCGCUGGGUAGGCAUGCAGAAGCAGGCUGGAUUGGCGGGGUUCAAGAUGAAGCGCCAAUUGGUGAGAGAGUGGGAUGCCGAGUGGGGUGCAUUGACGACCGAGGCGAAUCGCUGGUGGUUAGGCGGAUCGAAUGAAGUCGACUUUACUCAACACUCGAACGAUGCAACGAGUCAAGGUGCGCAAGAAAAACCUUGCGCGACGUCCUCUCGCAACCGAAAGCAGCAAGGCGCUUUCCAAACCAACAUCCAGCAGUCGCUAGGCGCAUCUCUGCUAUUCUGGAUCUUGCCACUCGGAGACCAUCCCAAUGACGGCUUGGUCUUCCCGAUGAACCCAAGAUUCGGCCAAUUCGGCGUUUGGAGAAAGAGACAAGACUGGCCUGUUGCAUUGCAGUAA